CGACCUUCGACAUGCCUUCGACCCUGAAAAAAACAUAACCUCACUGUUUUACAUUCAAAUCGUAUGAAAACAAUCCUUUUAAUUUUAAAACAAUGAAAGAUCCCACGUUAAAAAAUAUUACAGAUCCAAAUUUUGGGAUACCCCCAAAAUUUCAAAAUGAGUUGUUACAGUCCAUAGGAAGGCCCCAUAUUGAUAGUUUCAACUAUAUGGUUAACGAAGGAUUGAACAAAGCUAUAGAAAAUAUAGCCCCGGUUGAGUUUAUGGUGAAUGACCGAAAAAUUAAGUUAGUUAUAACCAAUUUUAGCCUAGCUCCUCCUCAAGUGCCUUACGGAACAAUAGGUGUUAAAAACAAUUUAAUAUAUCCUACAGAAUGUAGACAGAGAAAUUCGACAUAUGGUGGAAAAUUUUUAAUUGAUGUUGACUGGUAUAUUAACGGUCAGUUACAACAACCAUUUACAAGAGAUAUGGGAAAUAUUCCAAUAAUGAUAAAGUCUAACAGGUGCAAUUUGGAAAAACUUGAUCCUAAAAAUCUUGUUCAUCGUGGAGAACAUGAGCAAGAAUGGGGUGGCUAUUUUGUGGUCAGUGGCUUAGAAAAAAUAAUUAGAAUGCUUUUAAUGACUAGAAGGAAUUAUCCAGUUGCCAUUAAAAGAUCAGGCUGGAAAGGUAGAGGGGCAUUAUUUUCAGAUGUAGGCAUUUCUAUUAGAAGUGUUAUGGAAGAUGAAACAGCUACAAGUAAUGUCCUUCAUUUUGUAACAGACGGAACUGCAAAAUUAAUGUUUAGUUAUAAUAAAAUGUUAUAUUAUGUUCCAUUAUGUCUCAUUUUAAAGUGUCUGUGUGAUUUUACAGAUCAAUAUUUUUAUCAGAAAUUAAUUAAAGGGUUUGAGGAUGAUUUAUACUAUAUUGAUUGCUGUCAAAAUAUGCUAAGACUAUUACACACAGAAGGACUCCAUUCGCAUGACGAAUGCAAAGCAUAUCUUGGAAAGAUGUUUAGAGUCAGAUUUUAUGAAUGCCCUUCUUGGUAUACAGAUAUUGAAGUUGCAGAUGUUAUGUUAAAAAAGUGUAUUUUAAUUCAUUUAAAUUCUAAUGAGGAUAAGGUUAAUUUGCUGGCAUUUAUGACACAAAAAUUAUUCAAAUUUGCUCAGAACAAAUGUAAAGUUGAAGGAGUAGAUUCUGUUAUGAUGCAAGAAGUGCUACAAGGAGGUCAUUUAUAUUUACAAAUAAUCAAGGAGAAGUUAGCAACAUGGCUACAUCAGUUAAGAAGAAGUUUUGAAGUUUUGGCAGGGGGAACAAAAUUCAAAUUUUCUCAAUCUGAUAUGUUACAAGCAGCUAAGAGAACUGGUGGUUUGGAGAAUAUUUUGAGAUUGUUUUUGGCAACAGGAAAUAUACAUAGUAACUCAGGAUUAGGACUUAUGCAAGAUAAAGGCUUGUGCAUAGUUGCUGAAAAUAUUAAUAGAAUGCGAUAUAUGUCACAUUUUCGAGCAGUGCACAGAGGUUCUUUUUUCCAAGAAAUGCGUACAACUGAAGCUAGACAGCUUCUUCCUGAUGCCUGGGGAUUUAUUUGUCCUGUUCACACACCUGAUGGGUCUCCUUGUGGAUUACUAAAUCAUUUAACUAUGAAAUGUAUUAUUACAGAGGCUCCAGAUCAAACUAAAGUCCGAAAUAUCUCAAUUAUUCUCUCCGAAUAUGGAAUGGUUCCCAUGAAUUAUAUUAAUAGUCAAGAGAUAGCUACAAGUUAUGCAGUACAGUUAGAUGGAAGAAUAAUAGGGUAUUUAUCAAGAAAUAUUGCUCCCAAAGUAGUUAACAAAUUAAGGCUGUUGAAGAUAGAAAACAAAGAGGUACCAAAUACUUUAGAAAUUGUUUUAGUGCCAUAUAAAAAAUAUUGUUCUCAAUAUUCGGGUAUCUUCAUGUUUACCGGUCCAUCAAGAAUGAUGAGGCCUUUAACAAAUCUUUAUGUAAAUAAAAUUGAGCUGGUAGGAACUUUUGAACAAGUAUAUUUGGACGUAUGUGUAUGUCCAGAAGAAGCUUAUGAAGGUGUAACUACCCAUAUGGAGCUAUCAAAAAUAGAUUUCUUGUCUAAUCUAGCACAGCUUAUUCCUAUGCCCGAUUGCAACCAGAGUCCCAGAAAUAUGUACCAGUGUCAAAUGGGUAAACAAACAAUGGGUACGCCAUGUCACAACUGGGACUUACAGUCGGAGACUAAACUUUACCGAUUGCAAACUCCAAGUACUCCAUUAUUUAGGCCAGUACAUCACGACGAAAUACUGUUGGAUGAUUUUGCUAUGGGUACUAAUGCAAUUGUAGCCGUUAUCAGUUAUACGGGUUAUGACAUGGAAGAUGCGAUGGUAAUAAAUAAAGCUUCUGAAGAACGUGGAUUUUGUCAUGGUUUGAUAUAUAAAUCUUCAUUCAUUGAACUCGAUCACGAAGAAUCGUAUUUUGCCAGGAAUCCUGAAGCCGAAAAAUUAGCAAAACAUCUUGAUGAGGAUGGAUUACCUUAUAUUGGUAGGAAAAUGGUGGAUGGAGAUCCAUUAUAUUGUUAUUUUAAUGGAGACAGGUCAGUUUACAUUGUGGUAACUUUCACAAGCAAAGAAGAAUGCUAUAUUCACAGUAUAAAAAUGUGUGGAAAUUUUAAUGCUAAAGCUAAGAAAAUGGUUUGCAUCACAUACAGAGUACCUCGCAACCCUAGCGUAGGUGAUAAGUUUGCGAGUAGAGCAGGACAGAAAGGUAUCUGUUCACUAAAAUGGCCGGCAGAGGAUUUACCAUUUACAGAGACAGGUUUAGUACCGGAUAUAAUCUUCAAUCCCCAUGGAUUUCCAUCUCGGAUGACCAUAGCCAUGAUGAUCGAGGUGAUGGCCGGCAAAUCUGCGGCGCUUCACGGCUUGGUACACGACGCCACGCCCUUUAGGUUCGACGAAAAUGAUACCGCCAUACACUAUUUUGGCAGAUUGUUGGAAAUGGGAGGAUAUAAUUAUUACGGCAAUGAGACCAUGUAUUCUGGGAUAGAUGGCAGGGAAAUGGACGUCAUGAUAUUCUUUGGAGUAGUCCAUUAUCAGAGAUUGAGGCAUAUGGUGUCAGACAAGUGGCAAGUUAGAUCUACGGGACCAGUCGACAUAGUAACUCGACAACCAAUCAAAGGCAGAAAGAAAGGUGGAGGUGUCAGGUUCGGAGAGAUGGAAAGAGAUGCCCUUAUAAGUCACGGCGCAUCCUUUUUAUUACAAGACCGAUUACUAAAUUGUUCUGAUAAAACCACGGUAAAUAUUUGCACCGCAUGCGGAUCAAUCAUAAGCCCUUUCACUGUGAUAACGAAAAAAGCUGAUAAGUCGCAUUUGGCGGAAUCUAAGGAGGUAUGCAGAUUGUGCGAUCAGUCGAGGUAUAUUGCGGAAAUAGAUAUUCCCUAUAUUUUCAAAUAUUUCGUUGUACAAUUAGCGUCCUGUAAUAUAAACGUAAAGUUAGAAUGUAAAAAGGUGUAAAAAAUAUUUUUAAAUAAAGUAUAUUUAUAUGGG